ACACCCAAACCCAACACACCUCCCGACCCGACCCGCCCCGCCCCCCACCUCACACUUCACCAUCAGUACUCUGGCACUCUGCCACUGCCGAUCUCGCUCGCGCGAGCAUUCACGUCGUCGCUACCGAAGGAGGAGGAGGAGGAGAUGACGCUCCUGUGCGUGCCGCUGGUGGCCCGCACGGUGGAGGCGAUGCGGGCCGACGCGGCCGCGGCCGCUGCCGCCGGCGCCGACCUCGUCGAGAUCCGGCUCGACUUCAUCGGCAGCAAGUUCCGCCCGCGGGAGGAUCUCCCGCGCCUGCUCCGCGGCUGCCCGCUCCCCGCCAUCGUCACCUACAGACCCAAUUGGGAAGGAGGCCAAUAUGAAGGUGAUGAUGCUACAAGAUUUGAAGCACUCCGUUUAGCAAUGGAGCUAGGAGUAAAUUAUGUCGAUAUUGAAUUGAAGGUUGCUGACAAAUUUAUCAGCUUUAUUUAUGGGAGUAAGCCAGAGAAGUGCAAACUUAUUGUCUCGGCACAUAAUUAUGAAAGUACUCCAUCCUGUGAGGAGCUUGCAGAUCUUGUGGCUAGAAUACAAGCAGUUGGAGCUGAUAUAGUGAAAAUCGCAACAACAGCUAAUGACAUUGUUGAUGUGUCACAGAUGUUCCAAGUGAUGGUGCACUGCCAAGUGCCUAUGAUUGGACUAGUUAUGGGCGAAAAAGGUUUAAUGUCAAGGGUGUUAUCCCCCAAGUUUGGGGGAUAUCUAACCUUUGGGAGUCUUGAUGCUACAAAGGUAUCAGCACCUGGGCAGCCAACCGUCGAAGAGCUGAUAGACAUUUAUGAUAUAAGGCGCAUAGGACCUGAUACAAAGGUUCUCGGUGUUAUAGCCAACCCAGUAAAACAGAGCAAGAGCCCAGUUUUGCACAAUACAUGUCUUCAAUCUGUUGGAUACAAUGCUGUUUAUCUUCCACUUUUGGCAGACAACAUUGCUAGAUUUCUUAGCACAUAUUCGUCUCCGGAUUUUUCAGGAUUCAGUUGUUCUCUUCCUUUUAAAGUUGAUGCCGUACAGUGUUGUCAUGAACAUGAUCCAGUUGCUAAGUCAAUAGGUGCCAUAAGCACUAUAAUUAGGAGGCCAGAUGGCAAACUACUGGGCUACAAUAAUGACUACAUUGGAGCAAUUUGUGCCAUUGAGGAUGGCAUAGGAGGUCCAGGAUCAAAGAAUGCUGCCGUCACACCUUUGGCUGGCAGGCUUCUUGUUGUUGUAGGUGCUGGUGGAGCUGGCAAGGCAAUUGCUUACGGGGCAAAGGAGAAGGGUGCAAGAAUUGUAGUAGCAAAUCGUACCUACGAAAAAGCAGUAAGUCUUGCUGCCGCGGUUGGUGGUCAUGCCCUGAGAUUAGCCGAGCUUGAAACUUUCAGGCCUGAAGAAGGGAUGAUCCUUGCUAAUGCAACAUCGUUGGGAAUGUACCCCAAUGUGGAUGGCACCCCUAUUCCAAAGCAAGCACUAAGCUUCUACGAUGUUGUGUUCGAUGCGGUAUAUGCUCCGAAAGUCACCCGGCUUCUACGAGAAGCAGAAGAAUGUGGGGUUAAAGUUGUCAGCGGUGUGGAGAUGUUUCUCAGACAAGCCUUGGGUCAGUUCGAGCGUUUCACAAAUGGUAUUGAAGCUCCUGAAAGCCUGAUGCGUGAGGUAUUAGCAAAACACACAUAACAGGGCUGUAGGCGAAUGGGGAAGCGGGAACGGUUGUGAGUAAUUAUAGCCCAAGUAUUCCUCUGGGUUAAGUUAACAAAAGUUUUGGAUGCCAGUUUUGUCCUCGGUUGGAGAUUCUUUGUUGUAACGUUAAUUUCUCCGACUUGUCGCCUGUCAGAGAUGUAAACAGAAAAUGCUAAGUGUUCAAUCUCAUCGUACUUGCAAUAAAUUAAGAACUUGCAUCCA